AUGGGGAUGGGGGGGAGGUGGUGGGUGGUGGUGUUGGGUAUGGCGACCGGGGUGGUGGAGGAGAGGUGUCCGUUGUUGAUGAGCUGUUAUAAGGAGACACAGAGGAAGACGGUGCAUCAGGUUAGUACGAGGACGGUUAUGGAGGAUACGGUGCUGAGUGAUAAGGGGGGGAGGGAGUAUUUGUUGAAGAAGGGGAUUGUGGCGCAGUUGGUGAUUGGCGUGGGGCAUGGCAUGGAGGAGUAUUGGGGGGAUGACGUGGAUGAGUUCAAGCCGGAGCGGUUUCUCAACCAGGGGUCUCGCAAGGGGGAUACUGAGGAGGGGCCUGGCAAUGCCAAGGCUAUGCGGACUGCUUUUCAGCCGUUUGGCGGGGGCGCGCAUCUGUGUCCGGGGCGGGCGUUUGCCUUUGCUGAGAUGAUGGCCGUCAUGGCGACGUUGCUGCUCGGGUUCGAGGUUGAGACGCUGGAUGGAGGCGAGUGGAAGUUGCCCGCUUUUGCAACACGGUCGGUGAUUGACGCCGUCACGAAGCCGGCCAAACAUGGCGAGGGCUUUGGCGUGAACAUCAGGAGGCGGCAGGGAUGGGAAAACGUGCAGUGGAAGUAUGAGGCGUGA